AUGUCUAUCUCAAUUUCUUGGAUAUGGAGAAGUCCUCUUGGUACUAUUUUCAAAGCUUUGGUCCUCUCCAAAUUGGCCAUCGCAGGACACUACCCACUUUCGGUCGUAAACACGGAUGUAGCAAUCUUGGGAGGUGGUGCUAGCGGUACAUACGCAGCGGUUCGUCUCCGUGAGGAUUAUGGGAAGAGCGAUCUUCUUAUCGAAAUGGAGGCUGUCUUGGGAGGUCAUGUUAAUACUUAUACCGAUCCUGAGACCGGCGAAGCCUUUAAUUAUGGUGUCCAGUCUUAUAUCGAUUACAAGGGUGCCAAAGCAUUUUUCGAGCGAUUCGGGAUCCCACUCCAACCUAAUGUUCUCUUCUCGUCCAACACGCUUGAUGUUGAUCCGAACACAGGGAAACUUGUCAAUGUCCCGGUUGGUCCACCGCUAAAUUCCUCGGUUGCCGCGUUACAAAGAUACUACGACGUAAUAGUGCCUUGGAAUGAUAUUUUGCUCCCAGGAUACUGGGACUUCCCUCCUGGAGAGCAAAUCCCUGCGGAUCUCCUUCUGCCCUUCUCCGACUUCGUGACGAAGUACGAGUUGGAGGAUAUGGCACCUGUUCUUGCUGUCGUCUCUGGACAGAGUAUCAGCACGACUAACCCAACUCUGUUCGUAGUUAAGAAUUUCGGCACACCUGUUGUAGAGGGUUUUCUGAAUAACACCUUCUUCGACCCUGUCCCUUUCAACAAUAGCUUGUUAUAUGGAGAUGCAGAACGACUUUUAGGCGAAAGUGUAGUUCUCACCAGCACUGUCAUAGAAGCAAAUCGAUCUGAUCAUGGCGUCAGGCUUGUCAUUGAGAAUCUUCAGACGGGAAAGAGAACAUUGGUUUUUGCAAAGCGCCUGCUCGUGGCAUCCCAGCCAUCAAUCGAAAAUCUAGCAGUAUUGGGCCUUGAUAAGCAGGAAACAGCCGUAUUUAGCACUUGGUCGUACGGAACAGUCUAUACAGCCGUUCUCAAAACGAAUUUGAUUCCUGACAAUACGUCGGUUGCGUUCGUAACUCCUGCCAACUCGACGAGUGCACAAAAACCAUACAGCUUUGGCAUUACGUGGAAUGGAGCACCAGGCUACUUUUGGAUCAUCUUUGGUUCCGAGGAGAGCUUUACUGAGGUUGAAGCAAGCGAGGCGAUCGUGGCAGAAAUGAAAGUCCUUUACAACGGUGGCGCAUUCCCACCAAUUGGUAGUAGCACCCCUAGUUCCGAGGUUGUCGCAAUUUCCAAUCACUCCAGCGUCACAUGGGGCCAAUCUGUCGCGCAACUUGAGGCAGGGUUCGUUCAAGAUCUCUAUGCGCUCCAAGGUCACAAAAGUACGUGGUAUACAGGAGGUUUAUGGUGUCCCGAUUAUUCGAGUAAUGUUUGGGCUUUCACAGAUACUGUUCUGCCGAAGCUAUUGGACGGCAUAGACUAA